AUGGAGGCGGAGAAGAAGACGCCGGCGGUGUCCGAUGUGGGCGCGUGGGCGAUGAACGUCGUCAGCUCCGUCAGUCUCAUCAUGGCCAACAAGCAGCUCAUCCACCACGCUGACCGGGUUCCACUUCACGGUCACGGCUCGUCGGUGGAUCUCCAACGCCACCGGCUACCCGUCUCCAAGCACGUCCCGCUCUGGGAGCUCGUCUGGUUCUCGCUCGUCGCCAACACCUCCAUCACCGGGAUGAACCUCAGCCUCAUGCUCAACUCCGUCGGCUUCUACCAGAUCUCCAAAUUGAGCAUGAUUCCGGUGGUCUGCCUGAUGGAAUGGGUGCUGAACAGCAAGCACUACACCACUAAGACAAUUGGCUCCUUUCAGAAGAAGUACAACAUUGGAUCAUUUGAGCUACUGAGCAAAACUGCACCAAUUCAGGCACUUUCACUUGUUAUACUGGGCCCCUUUGUGGACUACUACCUAAAUGGACGGUCAUUGUUGAACUACCCUUUUUCAGGAGGGGCAACUUUCUUCAUUCUGCUUUCCUGCUCCUUGGCCGUCUUCUGCAACAUGAGCCAAUACCUCUGCAUCGGCCGGUUCUCAGCAACCUCAUUCCAGGUCCUGGGCCACAUGAAGACCGUGUGCGUGCUGAUCCUCGGCUGGAUCCUGUUUGACUCGGCCCUCACCAUCAAGAACAUCCUCGGGAUGCUGCUUGCCGUGAUGGGCAUGGUGGUCUACAGCUGGGCCAUGGAAGCGGAGAAGAAGGCGGCAGCCCCGAUCCCCCGGAACAAGAGCGACAUGCUCGACGGCGAGGACGUACCCCUCAAGGCCAGGGUGAGCGACGUGCCCGCGGGCGACCUCGAGGACGGCGAGAGAUGA